AUGUUUUUAUACAAAAAAAUUUUAUCAAUAUAUAAAUAAAGUUUUUCUUUCUUCCUUUCCUUUAAUUUUUCUUUCUUUUUGUAUGCUUUGCUUGCAAUUUUCUUAUUAAUUAAUUUUUGUUAACAUAUCCAUAAAUUUUUGUAUUAUUGCAAAGAAAAAAUAUAAAAGGAAAUGCAAAACGCCUAUCCCGAAAUCACUGACUAACAUCGUGAAUUUUUAAAGAAACAAGGUUUGAAGGUUUAUGAACCUAAGCCCCUCCCUGAUUAAAUCAAUCCUUUUUCUAAAACAUACUGGAUCACUAAUGCCUUUAUUAUUGGUGUGAGUUUCUUGGCUAGAAGACAUGCCCUUAAGGUUGGAGCUCCUCGUAUCUUCUGGUCAGGUUGUAUUGUUGGUGUUCCUCUCGCUGCAAUUAUCUCAAGAGGUAAAAGUGACUAACUCGAUGAACUUGUUGGUGCCAGAAAAACUCUUGAAUAAAAGCUUGAAUAUGCUCCAAUCACAAGAAGAGCUUGGGAAAGAGCUUUGGCUACCAAUUAGGAAUAUCAAAAUGAAAUCAAAACCCAAAUUCAAGAUUUAUAAGCAGAAAUUGCUGCCAAAAAAGUUGCUGCUAAGUUAGAAUGA